AUGAAAUCCAAGCUGAUGGACAACAUUCGCGAGCGAUUGGAUUCCUGUGGGACCAAGACUAUCAAAUAUUUACUAUUUGUGUUUAAUCUAAUUUUUGCGAUUUCUGGACUGAUCCUGCUUGUGGCAGGCAUCAUCGUGCUGGUAGAUGUCAACGACUAUCAGCAUUUCGUGCAGGACCGCCUAAUGGCCCCACCUGUGGUCUUGAUCGUGGUUGGAUCCUUCGUGUUUCUGGUUGCUUCCCUCGGUUGCUAUGGCGCAAUCAAAGAGUCUCCAAAGCUGUUGAAUGCGUUUGCCGUCUUCCUGUUGAUAGUGUUCUUGAUCGAGGUGGCCGUGGCGGUGGCGGCGAUCGCUUUCAAGGCCGAUCUGCAGGAUGCACUUCGCAAACAGUUGGACAAAUCGAUCGCUCGCCACAACAGUGCUGACAUGGCGGCCUGGGACAGCGUCCACAAGCAGAUGAUGUGCUGCGGUAUCCAGGGACCGAAGGAUUGGUACGACAACCUCAACAAAACUAUGCCCGCCAGCUGCUGCAAACCAGACCUGAUCGAACCGGAAACAAACGAUUGCAAAAAUGCACCACCACUAUUCAUGGAUCGUUACUAUCAGGAUGGCUGUCUCAUGAAACUGGAAGAUCAUUUCCACAAAAAUGCAGUAGUUUUGAUUGCCGUUGGGUUCGCAAUUGCCAUUUUCCAACUCUUGGGGGUAUUUUUCGCCUGCUGGUUAUCGACUGCUAUCAAGAGAAGCCACGCCUAAUGAAACGACCUGGUGUGAGGAAAAAUACUGUAGCAGCCUUAAAUCAAUGUAAAAAUCCAACCUUUUUCCCAUAGCAAAGCUCUAAACAAACAAGCAGACUAACAUAUAACAUGAUGGAAUAACACAACAGUUACUUGGAAAAAGUUACCUAAUGUAGUCUAAU